UGUUCUGUCACUCAGAGCGGGGAAGCAGAAUCAGUUCAGUGGCUUAGGUGGCCUGGAAAUCGACCCUUCUCCUCACCCCCAGACUCCUCUCUACCACAAACCCUAUUCCCAGAAGUCACUCCAUCCUUGUGAACUCGAAACUUCCAGAAGCCCCUGGCACCUUCCAGUUUGAUGUCUUGCAGCAAGUUAUGGCAGAAGGGUGCCCCAGCCCCCCUGGUGUCCAUCGAGGACUUGAAGAACCCAAAGUUCAUCGGCCAAGGCGGGUUCGGCACAGUGUUCCAGGCACAACACCAGACAUGGGGUUACAAUGUGGCAGUCAAGAUCGUUGACUCGAAGAUGAUAUCCAGGGAAGUGAUGGCCAUGGCAAGUCUGCGUCACCCCAACGUGCUGACCCUGAUGGGGAUCACCGAGAAGCUGGAGUGGGACCAUGUGUCGGGGCCGGCUCUGGUGACUCAGUUCAUGGAGAACGGUUCCCUGGCAGGGUUGCUACAGCCCGAAUGCCCUCGGCCCUGGCCACUCACCUGCCGCCUGCUGCAGGAGCUGGUGCUCGGGCUGUGCUACCUGCACAGCCAGAACCCCGUGCUUCUGCACCGGGACCUGAAGCCCUCCAACGUCCUGCUGGACCCAGACCUGCAUGCCAAGCUGGCAGAUUUUGGCCUGUCCACAUUUCUGGGAGGCUCACAGUCAGGGGCAGGGUCUGGGGUGUCAGGGGGCACCCCAGCCUACUUGGCCCCAGAACUAUUGGCUGAUGUAAACCAGAAAGCUACUAUGGCCAGUGAUGUCUACAGCUUUGGGAUCCUAAUGUGGGCAGUGCUUGCAGGAAGAGAAGCUGAGAUAGUGAACCAGACAUCACUGGUGCAGCAAGUUGUGUGUGAGGAGCAGAAGCGGCCCCCACUGACAGAGCUGCCCCAGCCCGGCCCUGAGACUCCUGGCCUGGAGGGACUAGUGGAGUUGUUGCAGCACUGCUGGAGCCAUGAGCCUGAGGACAGGCCUUCCUUCCAAGACUGCCGAACAAACACUGAGACAGCCCUCCACCUGGUACGAGAUGAAGCUGGUACAGAAAUGGAUGCUGCAGUCUCCACAGUGAAGAAGUUCCUGUCAGAGUACAGGAACAGCAACAGGUUGUCUGCCCCUGGGCCAGGCUCAAGGGGGACAGAAAUGGAUGGCCGUGGGGCAAUCCCUGAUUCCAGGGUCUCUGACAUGCUGAAAAACCUGAAUCUGAAAGGGCCCCCCAGCUCCGUUCUUGAAAAAUGUGGAAACCUUCCUGAGAAGAUUGAGGCCCAGAAAAAGCAUGUUCCGCAUGCCAGGGCAGCAGGGGCGCCUUCGGACUCAACUGCCCAACUUCCCCCAACUUCAGAGAACUCACCAUUCAGAAACCGGGUGCCCAACCCCACCUCGGCUUGGACCCCAGGUCCUGGACCCCAAGGAAUUCAGGGGGCUGAGAGAGGUGGCACCAACUGGCCUCCCGAGGAGCCAGGACCAAGUCCAAUGCCAGGGACAUGGUACCCUUCCAUCUAUAACAGCCAAGCAGUGCAGAUUGGAAACAACAACCACAUGAUGAUACCUUAUUAUGUCUUGGGUGGAGCUGGCAGCACCCCCCGACCACAAUUAGCUUCAAACGAAGUGCCACAAGGAGCUAACAUCUGGACUGGGUCACAGGGCCAGUAUAAUAAUGACAAAAAUUGAGGAAGCAUAGUCUUCUAUUGCAUAAUUUAUUUAAUCUUUUUCUUAUUAUUGGAUAUUUAGGGUUCUGGGUUUUCCCCCCCACUAUUUUAACAACAUUUCAGUGAAUAUCCUUAUAACUAAAUCUUUGCAUAAGCACAAUCUUCUUCCUUCUUCAAGUGUUUGUAAAAAUAAUGUAUGCAAACACUAAGGAAAAUAAAAA